GGACAGGAAGUGCGAGUUCCAGCCCUACAGAUUAUAGGUGUUGUUCGGAGCUUUGGUUUUUGUAUGGAUUUUUCGACGUUACGUAAAAGUCUUUAAGGAAACUAACACAUGCUACUAUACACACGUCUGUAAAUCCAGCGUGAUAUUUGUGAACGUUAGUAUGAAUGGUAAGGUUGGGAAUGCAGCAGCGGGCGGCAUAUUGGCCUGUAUCGAAGGUCUACCGCCGCUGCCCAAAAGCCUGAGCGGACUGCUGAACUCCAGCGGCGGAUCGUGGCGAGAGAUGGAGAGGAUGUACGUGAAGAAGACCAUGAUUCAGGACGACCUGAGCCGUGGAAGAAAUAACACUGAGAGUUUGCUGGCGAAUAAACCAGCAAACCUGGAUGCCGCCUUGGCUCUGCUCAGAAAAGAGAUGGUGGGUUUGCGGCAGCAGGACAUGUCCCUACUCUGUCAGCUCUGGUCUCUUCAUGAGUCCAUCCAGGAGUACAAGGGCAGCUGCCAAGACCUCUCUGCCGUGUCCAGUGCCGAUGGACCAUACGGCAUGGAGAAUGGUUAUUUUGACGAAGAUGAGGAAUAUUAUGCUGAAUCCGGUAUGACACCAGCUGAAACACCAGAUGGAAAUGAUAUGUCACCCAAAAAUGGGACGUCCAAGGAUAGUUGGAUACAUGACUCUUUCCAAAUCACAAUAUAAAAGACAAACUUUGGGGGGUUGUUUGUUUUUUCUUUAAUGAAAGGAAUAAUUCACCCAAAAAUGUAAAUUCUCUCAUUAUUUACUCACCCUCAUACCAUCCAAGAUGCGCAUGACUUUUUCUUCUGCAGAAAACAAAUACAUUUUUUUAGAAGAAUAUUCAGCUCUGUAGGUCCAUACAAUGCAAGUGAAUGGUGCCAAAAUGUUGAUGUUACAAAAAUCACACAAAGGCAGUAUAAAAGCAAUCCAUACAACUCCUGUGGUGAAAUCCAUAUUUUCUGAAGCAAUUUGAAUGGUGUUUGUGAGAAACAGAUUACAAUAUUAACAAUAUUAAAGUACAUUUUCUCAGAAAUUCAUCUCCCUGCCCAAAGGGGGUGUAUGCAUGAAGAAUGUGAAUCACCAAAAACACAAGAAUGUGAAAGUUAAAGUGGAGGCUGACUGAGCAGGAACAAUUUGUAGUAAAAAUGAACUUAAAUAUUAAUCAGUUUCUCACCCAUACCAUUCAUAUUGCUUCAUAAAUAUGGAUUUCACCACUGGAGUCAUAUGGAUUACUUUUAUACUGCCUUUAUGUGAAUUGAAGCAUCAAAAUUUUGGCACCAAUUCACUUGCAUUGUAUGGACCAAAAAAAGCUGAGAAAUUCUUCAAAAAAUUUUUUAAUUUGUGUUCUGCUGAAGAAAGUUACACACAUCUGGGAUGGCAUACAGGUGAGUAUAUACUGAGAGCAUUUACAUUUUGGGAAUGAAAACGAGCUGUGCCAUAAUUUCAUUUGCUGGCAAUGUUUAGAUUUACAACAGGCUCUUUGAAUAAGAAAUUAGAAACAAGGAUUAUUAUUUAUUGUAUAAUACUGUUGGAAAUUGGACAUUGGAAAUUUUAUGAAAUCUUUUUUAUAAGGGGAGAAGCAUAUCGUUUUAUAGUGAUGUUUACAGUAAUGCAUGUAUAAACUUGUGAGUUUAAAGAAAUUGGUUUGACUUGAUGCUUCGCUCAACUGGAUUUAGUAUUAUAUCUCGCUGAAUGCUUGAACUGCUACUACUUACCUCACUGGAAUGUAAUCCAAGGUAUAACCAGCAAAAAAACUACAGCAUCACCCCAAAAAACUGUGGAGACUAACUAAUUAAUGCCUUCUUUGAACUUAUACACAUUCAUGUAAGUAUAUUGUUGAUCAGCUGCAUUGAACUUCACAACAUUUCCACCUUAUGUAACCCUAUGGUAGAUCGUGUAUUGUAGAUGUUUUAUUUAUUUACUUAUAGUUGCUGCUCAAAGUCUUCCAUUGCCUCUCAGAACAUUUCAUGGGAGUUAUCGCUGUGUAUCCUUUUCAAAUGUCAAGUGACUUGCAUUUAUAUUAAUGUCACCCGUAUUGAUAAUGUGAGAUAAUAAACCAGUGGCAUAAGUAAAUCAGCCUUGCUACCAAAAAGAAUCACUGUGCAUAGUAUAUGGUGAAUGUGAUAUCAUAACAUACACAUUAAGGAGUUAUAUAUGCAGUCAGAUCAUGUAAGCAUUUCUUAAAUGUUUUUGAUGUGUGGACAGGGUUGGGGAGUAAUGGAAUACAUGUAAUGGGAUUACGUAUUUCAAAUACAAAAUAUUAGUAACUGUAUUCCACUACAGUUACAGUUUAAAUCAUUGGUAAUUAGAAUACAGUUACUUUCAAAUUAUUUUGAUUACUGAAGAGAUUACUUUGCAUUUUUUUGUCAUUUGUUUCAUUUAAUAUUUGGUCCUUUCAGAUGGAAAAAUGUAUACAUAUAAAUGAUGUGAUCCAAAGUGCAUUUGAACAGCAGUGAAACACUUUCUUAUGAUGUGUUACAUUCAAACGAGCAGACAGAGAAGUAAGUUUGGAGUAGAAGGAAUAUAAAUAAACCUUGUGUAACUUGUCAGCUUUACGCCAAGCUAAAAUGCUAUUUCUAGCCAUUUUACAUGCACGAUCAUGUUUUUUUUAUCAAGAAAAUUCACAUUAGAUCAUAAUUUCUUUUUUUCUUUAAGACCUUUGAUCUUAGGGUAAAAAUCUUCUUCUUGAUGAUAAUUUUUUUUAUUGUUUUCCUGUAAAAAAUAUCUAAAAAUCCUUAAAACAAGAUCAAUUUGAGUUAUAUUGUUUUAGUAACAACACCGCAUAAGAUAUUUAGGUUUUUCAGAGAUGUAUUUUUAACGUGUAUUUUGUCUUGCUCUACUGGCAGAGUUUUUGUAGUCAAAACAAGUGAAAAAAAAAUCUACCAGUGCUGAAUUAAUGCAAAGUAUUUAGAAUAUGUUACUGACCUUGAGCAAUCUAACGGAAUACGUAACAAAUGCAAUUUUACAGCAUGUAAUCUGUAGUGGAAUACGUUUAAAAAGUAGCCCUCCCAAACCUGUGUUUGGGGAAUAUCAUACUGCCUGUUAUGCAAAACAUGUCUUCAAACAUCAGUUCUAUAUGAAUAAGAACUGAGGACAGUGCUGUGUAUCUUUCAUUUAUUGAGAAUGUCAAUGGUAUAGUUCACACAAACAUACAAAUUUUGUCACUUAUCCUCAAGUUGUUUCAAACCUAUAUGGCAUUAUUUCCUCCAUGGAACACAGAAGAUUUAGACCAAGGAGGAAGGAAGGAAAUCAUGAGGGUUUGGAACAACAUGAGUGUGAGUGAUGACCGAAUUUUAAUUUCUACGUAAACUAUGCUUUUAAUACCAGCAGAGAGAGAAUUUGUUCUACCUCCUGUGUGUUUGAGCUCUGAGGUGUGAUGGUAGCCAUUUUAUUCUCACACCAGCAGACACGAUCAAGUAGAUGCUUGCUAAUUCUCAGCAGUUACCCAAAUAGAUACUAUAUAAUUUUAACAAUCAACACUGGUGCUUAUUUACCAAGUCUCAAUUCAAUUCUGACUUGCUCUUCAAAGUUAUAAUCUUUGGUUUUGGCUAAAUACUGACCAUAAUUGUAAAGACAGUCAGACAAAAAACAAAAAGGGUCCUGUUAUGCAACCAGCAAGUCUUUAGGUGCUUUGACCAAAAGCAGCACUGAGUAAAGUACUUCACACAGAGUGCCUUGACACACCUAGGCUUUGAAACCAGGUGUUUUUGCAGCCACUGGCACUGUAAUUAUCUUAUCUCAUAUCUGUAUCCAGCAUCUUUGUACAUCAGCUCAUCCAUAUUCCAUUAUUCUCAUUGCAUCCAGCAAAAGAAGAAAUUCCAGAAAACACUGAUAAUGUCUCACCAUCCAUCUUAUUACUUUCUACCCUGCAGUGAUUUAUAUCUUUGAUCCUGUUGUUUUCUUGCUUUGAAAUCCCCACUUGGUUUUUGCAAUUUGCAUAGAAGUCAGUAAAAGUAAUUUUCUUCUUGUUUGAUCUCUUUGUGAAUUGGUGGUUUGUGAAUUGCUUUCUUCAGUUGUUUUGUAUACAAAGAUGCUGAAUUAUUUUGUUAGAUGGCAUUUGCGCAUUCGACUUCAGACGUCAGUCUGUGUUCUUGAAACUUUUUCAAAGGUCUGGGAUGUGAAACAUAUGUUGAUGCAAUUUGAACUGUUACUUCAUAUUUGCAUUUUUCCAAAAGACCUUGCUAUGGACAGUUUUGCAGGAAUAACUUUUGUAUGUUUAAUCGUGUGGUAGUUAUACAAAAAUAAAUAUAAUCA